AUGUCGAAUUCUACUAAUAGUGGUCAAAAUACCGCUGACAUUUCCCAUACUGAGCAUAUGCCAGAAGGAACAUCCAUUGUCAAUCCGUCCGGAUCUAUCAAUACAAUUCAAACCGCUUCUGGGGAUGCAAUUCCAUCUUCCGAACCCGGGGAUCAGGCCCAUCUCAGGCCCCGUAGAGUUGCCCCCGCUAACAGUAUUGGACCUAUGCUUGUUGGAAGCCAUCUCGCUCCUGGAGCAUUUGGUGACCUUCUUACCCCGCUCUUUGAUCCCCAGCAGGCCAGCCAACAAGUAAAUCCUGCCACUUCUACUGUCCCUGGUGAUUUCCGCAACCUGCAGCGUCGCUUGGCCACUCUCCGAGAGGUACAAGCUGUGGCCCGUAUCUUUACAAUUUCACCUCUCAGUUAUGAUGGGUGGGCCCCCGAAACUCAGCGUCGCGCUGCUUCAGGCGUAUUGUCGGAGCUCCAUGAAAGCGUGCAGAGGUGGAACCACUUCGAUACCGCCGCUAUGGUGGGUGAGAUUAUGCGUGCUUCCAGUGAUAUUGAGGCCCUCAACUCGGCACUUCUCUCUAUGAGAAUGACAGGUGUAGCCGAAUCUGUGCCCACCACCACGCAGAUUAACAAUGCGGUAAGCGCUGCGGCAUUUCUGGAUGCAAUUGCAUCAAUGGCCAUGGAGAUUGGCGUGUUUGAAGAGGCGGCAUAUCAUGCCUAUGAUACAGUCAUCCGGUUGGGUACUGUCGUUCGCGUUAUCCCUGCCAAUCCCCUCAACAUUGCACAGGCUGUCGCUGCGAUGGGCCCUGUUAAUGUGACGACUUCCGCCAUCCCCACCGCCCCCUCUGCUCUCGCUACACCUAGCGACCCACCCAUCAUGGCGCUCUCUGCCGUACAGCGUGCUGAACUCGACGAACUUCACGCAGCAAUGGUAACAGUCUUGGAUGCAUCUGUUGGUCACUUCCAUAUCGUGCCUCCGACGCCAGCAAACUCCUUGUCUACGUUUUCCGCGCCCCAGUCCCCUCCGCCAUCGGAGGCAUCCUCGUCAUCGAGCGACUCCUAUUCAUCGGCUCUGUCUGGCUCGCGUCCAAGUACUCCAGUCAACUCCAUCGUGGAUACUGACGCAGAGCUAAUGGAAAGCCUUGAAGGCCUUCCUCAGAUGGUCUGCGUGCUUGUUCUUGAACUUGUAGUCGAGCACAAUUGGUGGUCCGAGCGUGAGGGUGGUAGUAGAACGAGGGCUAGAGAGGGCAUUUGGGAACAGCAGGAGGAAGUUUUGAACCUUGCCAGGGAUAGCGUACGCUGGGCCCAAGAGGAGCUCUUGAAGGAGGACGGCCAGGACCAGUGGGUCGGAUGGCAAAGAGACUAUUAUAUGAAGGCCAUUUAA